AUGGAAAAGUCCAUCGUCCAAAAGAAAGUUUCUGUAGUUCAAAAUAAAAAUUCUUAUGAAGCAGCUGAAGAACAAUUGCAAACUGCUCUACAAAAUGCAAUUGCAAAUGUCUCUGAUGAUGGUAUAGAAGGUGGAAAGGAUGGUGAAGAGAGUGAUGAAGAACCAAUGAACACCCCAAAGAAGAAAAAGCCAGUUAAGUCUGCGAAGAAAAAAAUUGUCAACAUUCCUGAAUACAAUGACAAUUGCAGUGACGACAGCAUUGAUGAAGCUUUUAAAAACAUCCCAACAUCAAAUCAACUUCAUUCGAAAGACUUGUCUGACCUACAAGGUUCCUGUGCAACAGGUAGAAAAAAUGGUCAAAUCUGGAUGAAAAAAAUUUCUCACAAAGGAAAGAUGGAGUCAAUUGAAAUGGUGCCCAUGUCCAGAGGUGUUUCGAUCCCACUACAGAAUUGGAGAAUAACAACAGCACGAUCAAAAACACGAUCAAUAUUCGUCAAGAAAAUGAGCCGUAACCUUUUGGGGCCCGAACGAUUGGCCAAUCGCAGCGUGGACUACAGUUCAAAGUGCCAGAAAGUUACCAGAGACUCACUAAGAAAGCAAUUGACACCUAAGAAGAUGAAGGUACUUAAACACUGUUAUCACGCUUUCCUUACAAAUAUCAAGCCUUCUCUUGUGGGAGAAAGAGAAUACAUGGCGACAGUGUUGUCUGAAAUCACUUCAAUUCUCAGUGAAGAGAUUGGAACUCAGAUAAAAAACUUUAAAGCAGGAAGAACAGCUAAAACACCUAUGUGUGUUCAGGAGCCUUACGAUGGGGAUGAAUCUGAUGAUUCAUUGAUAUAUGAGGAAGAUUCGCUCGUAUACGCAGAAAAUUAGUUUCUUUAUAUUAUUUUUCAAAUUAAUUUUUCGUUGUCUAUCAAAAAGGAUUGAUUACUUUUUCUAUACAAUUUAAUUAUAAGUAAUUAGAAUUCCAAUCAUUUCCAAAGAGUCAUAUUGCUGACUAUAUAUAUUCUCAACAGUUAUUUCAUAUAAAAAUAGAAGUUGUGCUAUUAAGGCGGUAAACCACCCUGAACACCAAAAAAUUCAUGAA